UACAUUAGAUAUUACUAAACAAACGGCGAAAUCAGUUAAUAAUCAGUUGUUCUUAUCGCGCGAAUUAAAUGGAAAUAUAUAACGUGUCUUCUUUUUCUUAAUGCGCAUAACAGAUUUCCUUGAUAACGUGAUGCUCGCAAAUCGCUGGGUGAUCAAUAGAUACAGAAGAUUUCAUGUAGCAUAAACAGCAUUUUGCUGAAGAUAUUGCCACCUUCGUAAAUAAUUGUAACAUUAACAUUCACUAAUCAACGUCGAAUAUGACGUGGAAUCCUUUAAAGAAGAAUUACUUGAACCAGAGACCAACUUCUGCGCCACCGCUUUUAUCCUACGUGGAGGAUAAAGAAUUAGAUGCUGUCGUUCAAAAGCUCAUUUAUGUCGAAAGUGCAAUAAGAAAAUUAAUCAAGGAAAUGAAGAAAUAUAUAUUAGCUCUGGCAAAUCUGGAUAAAGCAGAUCAACGAUUGAGUACAAAUCUAAUCAGUUGUGGGCUAGCACAAAAUAACAAUGAAUGUAGAAAGAUAGUGGAAGAGUAUUAUUCUGUCGCCACACAGGUGGGAAAAAAUGUUCAGGAAAUCAGCAGUUUAUGUCAUAAGACAUUUAUAGAACCUCUGAAAAAAUUCAGAAAUGAAUUUGUCACCAUUGCUGCGGCAAUAGCAAAGCGCGAGGAUCUAGUAACUACAUGGAAAUACUUGUAUAAUACGGUAAAAAAAUUACAAGAGAAGAAAGACAGAACUGCGAGUCAUAUCGCAAAGCUGGAAAGAGAACGGCGAGCAGAAGAAGCAGCUGCUAAAGAAUUGAAGACUAUACAUGCUCAAUUACUCACGGAAUUACCGACGUUUCUCGGAAAAAGAUUGGAGUACAUUAAUCCGAGCAUUCACGCUGUGAUUAUGAUACAAUUAAAUUAUUAUGGACAUGCGACACAGUUAUAUACACAAUUGAUGCCUAUUCAAUGUUCUGAAUUCACAUCAAGCAUGGUAAUACCUGAAGAAGAAUAUCAGCGAAUAAUAAGUAUUGAGUUAAAUAGAUUGAAAUCGCUUACUAUAGUGAAAGAUCAUUAAAUAAGUAAUAACAUAUCCCAAAAA